ACGCUUGUGAUUCACCGAGACCUUCGGGCGGAGCUUUCGAGCCGUGUCCGAAAGAGAACGUCAACCAGAAAACCAUGUCAUCGUUCUCAGGGUCAACCCGCCCCUUCGACGACGACGGGUACAUUGGCUACGAUCCUCGCCUCUCGUCUCAGCGAUUCCAUUCCUUCUCGGCCUUCGAUGCAGAAUCGGUUAAAGACUCGGCCGGUGACUCUUCCCCGAUCUUCGCCAACCAAUCAUACGGUACCGGAGACGACGUUUUUUCCACGCAGCCGGUACCGGAGACCCCAUCGCCGCCUUCUAUGUACUCCACCGGCGGAGGAUUCUCGGAGUUAUCGCCGGAGCAGAACGGCGGGGGCUUUGAUGAAGGUUUUGGCGCGUCGGACGGUCCGAUCUUGCCCCCGCCGGCAGAUAUGCAACCGGAGGAGGGCUUUGCUCUGAGAGAGUGGCGCAGAGAGAAUGCGAUUCGACUGGAAGAGAAGGAGAAGAAGGAGAAAGAGCUGCUGAUGGAGAUAAUCGAGGAAGCGGAGGAGUUCAAAAUUGACUUCUAUAGGAGGCGCACUGUUACUAUUGGGAACAACAAAGCUGCAAACAGAGAGAAGGAGAAGCUAUUUUUGGCAAGUCGGGAGAAGUUCCAUGCUGAAGCUGAGAAGAAUUACUGGAAGGCAAUCGGAGAACUUAUCCCGCAUGAGGUGCCGGCCAUAGAGAAAAGAGGGAAGAAGGACAAGGAGAAAAAGCCUUCCAUUGUUGUGAUCCAGGGGCCCAAGCCUGGGAAGCCAACUGAUCUCUCAAGGAUGCGUCAGAUACUUCUGAAGCUCAAGCACAAUCCUCCUCUCCAUAUGAAGCCAAAACCACCACCACCACCACCACCUUCGACAGAAACCAAAAAGGAUUCUAAAACCACCGGUCCCACAGCUGUUGGUGCUAGUGUUGCUCCUCCCAAGACUGCAGCUGCAGCAACCCCCGAGGCUUUAGCUGCCGUUUGAGAAGGAAGUGGCUAUUUACUCAAGUCUUCUUAUGUAUGUAAAAAGUAUGUUGCUGUGACUCGGAGAUGCCGGGUUUAUAUGAUGCUAAAAACAGCUAUGAUAGGUGGAAGUGAGUCUUUAUGUGCAUACUAGUUUGGGAGUCUAGCCAAUGUAGAAGGGGUACCUGCAUUAUGUAUCUAUCUAUUCUGCUUGUUUGCUGU